GGGCCGGUGUACGUCAAACUGUCACGUGUGCACUCGCGCCUCAGUUUAUGCCCAGGCGAAUCCCCGUUCCACAUUCAGACGAUUAGCAGCGUAAGCUUAUGGGCAGUCAUAAUUAUACACGCUACACUGUUAUGUCAUAACAUCUGAAAUCAGGUGGCUUAAGAAGUUCCGAGAAGUAAAAUGUGUGGACGAACUGCGUGUACUCUUGCUCCUGACGAACUGCGCCGGGCCUGCUCCUACAGAAACCGAAAAGGUCGGCGAAGACAACCCCGCUGGAGGGAUGGAGAUGCUGACAAAUACCGACCCUCUUACAACAAGAGCCCCCAGUCUAUGAGUCCGGUCCUGCUGUCCCAGAGGCAUUUUGAUGAGGAUGCUCCUGUGGAUGAACGUGUGCUGGCCUCGAUGCGUUGGGGUCUUGUACCUUCCUGGUUCAAAGAAAAUGACCCGAGCAAGAUGCAUUACAGCACCAGCAACUGCCGCAGUGAGAAUAUAUUACAGAAGAAAUCUUACAAGGAUGCUAUGAUUAAAGGACAGCGUUGUGUCGUCCUGGCUGAUGGUUUUUAUGAGUGGAAGAGGCAGGACAAGGGCAAGCAGCCUUUCUUCAUAUACUUCCCUCAGACUCAGGGUCCCAGCCAGGAGAAAACACUGUGCUCUCCAGCAGAGGCCUCCCCUGACUUAAGAGAGCGAGGAGAAGGUGAGUGGACUGGAUGGAGGCUGCUGACUAUGGCUGGACUGUUUGACUGCUGGACACCUCCAGAUGGUGGGGAACCCCUCUACUCAUACAGCGUAAUCACUGUGAACGCUUCCCCUAACCUGCAAAGCAUCCAUGAUAGGAUGCCAGCAAUCCUGGAUGGAGAGGAUGAAGUGAGAAGAUGGCUUGAUUUUGGGGAGGUGAAGUCUCCAGGUGCCUUGAAACUGCUCCAGUCCAAAGACAUUUUGACUUUUCAUCCCGUCUCUUCACUAGUAAACAACUCGCGCAAUAACUAUUCAGAGUGCCUUCAGCCGGUGGACCUUAACGGCAAAAAGGAGCCCAAGCCCACAGCCAGUAAUAAGAUGAUGAAGAGCUGGCUGAUGAGCGGCACACCUGUGAAGAGGAAGGAGCCCAACAAAUGUGAGAAAGAAGAAGAAGGAAAGGCUCAGCGCAAGCCAAAAGGAUCACUUCAGCAGUGGCUUAACGGAGCCAAUAAGAAACAAAGAACCAAAUGAAGAUAUAGAAACUCUGUUGUGUUUAAAAGACCAUUUUGGCAUUAUUAAACCACUUUACUGUUUGGACAGGCAUGACACAGAUUUAUGUUCCGUUGGGUUUUUUUUGUCUUGCAUUAGUAACUUUUAAAUGCAAUAGAAAGUGUGCCACAAAGAUACUUCAUCUGAAAAUGCUACCAAUAAAUGUCAGAAAUAAACAGUUUGCUUUAUUCAAGAAUUUUAUUACCCUUAUUACUUGAAACGCAAAGACAUUUUGAAACAAUGUAGAUGCUAUGCAUUUAUCAUAUUAAUAAUAUAAUAAUGAUGAAUGCCAAUACUUUCCCCCCACAUUUUUUUUUCUUUGUUCAAAGUUACAUUAUGUAUGCUAUCUUGUAACCUACAAUGCAUUUCAGAGUUUUAACAUAAUAUGAACAGACAGUUAAAGGUCUGAUCGGUUUAAAGAAAUGUCAAGCACUUAAACUGUUUGCCAACACGAGCAACUGGCAGAGCCAGAUAUGGAGAUUUACAGCACAGCUUUUUGCCGUCCCCCACACAAUGACUGAGAAGUUUGCAAAUAUACAAAGUGUUGCGAUAGUUGACAGUAAAAAGAAACGUACUAACUAAUAGUACUCAGUUAUGAAUGAUAUUUAUACUUGAGAAAAAUUUCUCCAGGACUAUCAAGUAGAAUGACAUGCCAUCUUGAUUUGGUUAAUUCCCACGUCAAAUGUACCAAGAAUAACCGAUUACAAGAGGAACCUCAGUUUCCCCAAAUCAGGUACAGCAAAUACGGCAUUAGGGACAGCAUUUAAAUCAAGGAGUCAAGUCUGGAUUCACACGAUGUCCUCAACCUGAACUACAACUGCAUUUAUUGUGACUCCGAAAUGAGAUGUCUGAACACGUCUUUCAUUAUCGUACAUGACAGGAAAGCGUCCACCCAAAAAACGAUCUGUACAUGCUUGUCUGAUGGACCAAUCAUCAAAGUGAAUUUUCAUUUCUGUGCCAAUUAUUGAAAAAUCAGCCGACUACAUAUUAACAUACGCGUGCACCUUCACAUAUUCCGAUCCUUCAGGUCUGACUGCAUCUUUAGAGAUCAGGUUUUUUUUUUUGGUUUUUUUUUUUUUUUUGUUAGGGUCGCAUGAGGUACAGUGAAACCAUGAUAACAAGUGUUUUUAAGAGUGAAACAAAUUGAAGCCACAACACAAAUGAGUAAAAUGGGGGGGAGCAGUGUUUCCUCUGUUCAUGCAGCAGUGGUGGGCUGUGAAAGUAAGAAAAACAACCAGCACUGCUAAAGAAACUUUGAUUAAAAAAAAAAAACAAAAAAAAAAAAAAAGAAA